AUGGCGCAGCCGAAAUAUCUUACCGGCGACAAAGCUGGUAUUGAGGAAUUCCUUUCCAGAUUCGACGUCUUCUUGUUCGACUGCGAUGGCGUCCUUUGGUCUGGAGAUCAUAUAUACGACAAGGUGCCAGAGACAAUAGAAAUGUUGAGGAGCAAAGGCAAACAGCUUGUCUUCGUUACGAACAAUAGCACGAAAUCGCGAGCCGACUACAAGAAGAAGUUUGACAAGCUGGGAAUACCUGCUGAAGUCGACGAGGUAUUCGGUUCUUCCUACAGCGCCGCCGUGUACAUUGCACGCAUCCUCAAGCUUCCGGCCCCGAAGAACAAGGUGUUCGUGCUCGGCGAGAGUGGCAUCGAACAGGAGCUCGAUGCGGAGGGCGUUCAGUAUGUCGGAGGCACGGAUCCCGCGUAUCGCCGCGACAUCGAACCGGAGGAUUUCACCAACAUUGCCAAUGGCAAGCUCUUAGACCCGGAUGUCGGCGUCGUGCUCGCUGGCCUAGAUUUCCACGUAAAUUAUCUGAAGAUGGCGAUAGCCUUCCAGUAUCUUCAGCGCGGCGCUAUUUACCUCGCGACGAACACCGACAGCACGCUUCCAAUGGCGCAUGGUUUCUUUCCGGGAGCCGGUUCAGCCGGUGCGGGUGUAGAAAAGGCGAUUGGCAGAGCGCCUCUGUCUCUGGGUAAGCCGAGCCAGGCCAUGAUGGAUGCUAUCGAGGGCAAGUUCCAUUUCGACCGGAAGAGGACGUGCAUGGUCGGGGACAGGCUGAACACGGACAUCCAGUUUGGUAUUGACGGCAAGCUGGGUGGUACAUUGGCUGUGUUGACUGGCGUGAGCAAGAAGCAGGACUUCCUCACGGAGGGAGCGCCGACCGUGCCAACGACAUACAUGGAUUCUAUCGGAGAUUUGAUGGGAUGAUGGAGGAGCGGGAUCGAUGGCGUUCGGAGACAAACAUAGGCACGUCCUUUGCUAAGAGUUUAUAGAUAUUCAUAGAGUGAAUAGACACGGUCCAAGACCUGCAUCCUCGCGUGUAAGGGCAGGGGUUGCGGUAGCAUC